AAUUGACAUGUCUUGAUUUCAAGGAGGACCUCUAUAAGAAACUGAAGGCGCAAAAGAUGGGACAGAACAACACGAACUCCUUGUCAUCUCAGCGUUCGAUUAAACAUGAAGCGACUGUCAUGCGCUCGUCACAAAAACGUCCCCGUAUUGAAGAGACCAUUGAGGUUGACAGGUUCUCCGCGGACAGUACUUGACUCUUACUAGUAGGUCACCUACUAGAUACCUCCUUACAUAAUUCGCAUCACGAUCAUCGAUUUCAAACUUAAAGCGACUACCAGUACUACUACUGCAUACUCUAGUCCACAAGUCCUAAUAACUUUGUAUCAUAGCUUCGAUUCCAUUUUCCUGUGACCGUGCUUUUAUCAAACGUUGAAGCACGAGAACUAGACAGACAUCUAGAACAAUGCCAGGCCGUCGUCGCGAGUCUCCGCUCAAGAAUCCAAGCAGGGCAUAUAUCGCACUAGGACUAGAGGGGUCAGCUAACAAAUUCGGCGCAGGAGUCAUCACACAUGCUGUAGAUGGAUCGACCGAAGUGCUGUCGAACGUUAGGCACACUUACAUCACACCUCCCGGGGAGGGAUUUCUUCCCCGAGAUACUGCUCAGCACCAUCGAGAGUGGGCAUUAACGGUGAUCAAAGAUGCAGUCGCAAAAGCAAACAUUACGAUGCACGACCUCGACUGUAUAUGUUAUACUAAAGGCCCCGGUAUGGGUGCACCUCUGCAGUCUGUUGCUCUAGUUGCUCGCACCCUCUCAUUGUUGUACGAGAAACCCCUUGUUGGUGUCAAUCAUUGUGUCGGACAUAUCGAAAUGGGACGGCAAGUCACUGGAGCUCAGAAUCCAGUGGUACUAUACGUAUCUGGUGGCAACACGCAAGUCAUCGCAUAUUCACGGCAAUGCUACCGGAUCUUUGGAGAAACACUCGACAUAGCUGUUGGAAACUGCCUCGACAGGUUUGCCAGAGUAAUAAACCUGAGCAACGACCCAAGUCCAGGAUAUAACAUUGAACAAGAGGCGAAGAAGGGGAAACGACUCGUCCAGCUACCUUACACAACCAAGGGGAUGGACGUUAGCUUGUCUGGCAUACUGACUUCCAUCGAAGCUUACACAUCUGACCGUCGGUACCGGGCUCAUGGCGAACCUUGCGAAGAGUCAGAAGAUAUUAUCACGCCGGCGGAUCUCUGUUUCUCCCUUCAAGAGACGGUGUUCUCCAUGCUCGUUGAAAUCACGGAACGAGCGAUGGCUCAUAUCGGGAGCAGGGAGGUGCUCAUCGUUGGAGGGGUUGGCUGUAAUGAACGACUGCAAGAAAUGAUGGGCAUUAUGGCACAAGAGCGAGGUGGAUUGGUGUUUGCGACUGAUGAACGUUUCUGCAUUGAUAACGGCAUCAUGAUUGCUCAGGCUGGUUUACUGAGCUACCGCAUGGGAUUUCAGACACCUCUUACAAAGAGCACCUGUACGCAAAGAUUCCGGACCGACGAAGUGCAUGUUGCAUGGCGAUCUUGAAUAUUUGAACCCCAUCUAUUCUACAAUUAAAAUAUUGUUAGUACCCGUCUGUGUUAUCACUGUG